ACGGGCGUGUGUGCCGGGGCGGGCGCGGCGGCCAUGGCGGCGGUGCUGGUGCGCGGGCUGGUGCGGGGCGCGCUGCGCCCGGGGCAGCCCCAGCGGUGCGUGUCGGCACCCGGCAGGCAGGACGGGGAGGUGGGCAAGGCGCAGCAGGCAGCAGCGGCUGGCGAGAAGGCAGGAGGGCAGCCGACCAUCUUCAGCAAGAUCAUCGACCGCACCAUCCCUGCCACCAUUCUCUAUGAGGAUGACAAGUGUCUCGUCUUCCGUGAUGUGGCCCCCCAAGCCCCUGUGCACUUCCUGGUGAUCCCCAAGCGCCCCAUCCCCCGGAUCAGCCACGUGGUUCCCCAAGACACUGAGCUGCUGGGGCACUUGAUGGUGGUGGCGGCACGCAUGGCACAGGCAGAGGGGCUGGCUGAUGGCUACCGCCUUGUGAUCAACGAUGGGAAGCAUGGCGCACAGUCCGUCUACCACCUGCACCUCCAUGUGCUGGGGGGGCGGCAGAUGGGCUGGCCCCCUGGCUAACACCACUACCCACUUGCUCCCCAAUAAAGCAUCUCCUUGGCGGUGA